AUGGAAUCAAUCUCCCGAGAUUGUGAUGCUGCCAUUUCCACUUGGUUAGCUCUUAUUAGACCGGAGAGACCGAGAGAAUUUCUGGCUAUGGAUUUGGCCGAAUGGAUCCGCUCCAACCUUUCGAAUACAUCUUAUUUUCCGAUCAAUGGCUUUGAGUGGGAUUUGUUAUUCGGAUCUUUACUUUGGUGCCUAUGGACUCGGUGGAACAAACGAAUCUUUGAGACGGAUGCCAUUUUUUGGGAAAGUAUUCUUAGUUGUGGCCAUCGGCUGUGCGUUGAAGCGAAACAAACGGCGUUGCUGCAUAUCUCAAGCGAUCCGUUUGUUCACUGUGCAAAUCGUGAACUUGUUUCCUGUAAACCCCAUCCUACUUGCUUAUGCAAAAUAAAUACUGAUGGUGCUCAUAACCAGUCCUCAGGUCUAUCGACUUGCGGUGGGGUUAUACACGAUUCACAUGGAAACUGGGUGACGGGGUUUACUAAGGCUCUGGGGUAG